GUUCGCUCCGCCCUAAGCCAGUUAGCCACCCGGCCCUGCGUGAACUAUGAAGACUGCAGAGAAGACAAUGGAGAAACGGCCGGUGGAUCCGUCGGCGAAGUGGAUCCGGGUUUCGGUUACUCGAUGAACAAGAGUGGAAAACAGUGGGAAUCAUCAGAGGGAAAACAUUUAAAGUCCUUAUCGUCCUCUCAUCGUCCUCCCCCUUAUCAGACCUAUAGUAUAUCCCAUCCUAUCCCUUGCCUUGCCUUGCCUCUCUGUGGUGACUUCCUUAUCUCUCUUUUGGGCCUAUCUUCAGCUGCAUCUACCGUGUCUACUGUAGCAGACUACCCUAUCCUCUCUCGAUCCAUCGACACUCGAUUUCUCGUCUGUCAUUGUCUUCCUGUCUUUGCAAGCAACCCUGGCCUUCUUAGCGUCCAAUCCUGGUUCUAGUUCGAUCCUCUAGUCCAGCAGACUACGGCUAUCACAAAAAAAAUGGAGGCCUCGCCGAUAUCUCCGGCCUCAGCCACCUCUCUCAGCCAAAUACCCUCAAUUGCCGUCAUUGCCUCCUCCCGCGCCGUCAUCUCCGGUCGUUUGACAUCCGCUACCAUUGUGAUCUCCCGCACCUCCGGAAAGAUCACCGCCGUCUUCGAUGUCGUGAUCCCAGCCUCCGACUUCCCCGCGGGCGUUCCCUAUACGGAUUACUCCCCCCACAUUCUGCUCCCCGGCCUCGUCGAUGCCCAUGUCCACCUGAACGAGCCGGGCCGCACCGAAUGGGAGGGCUUCUACACCGGCACCCAGGCCGCGGCCUUUGGCGGCGUUACCACCGUCAUUGACAUGCCCCUGAAUGCCAUCCCCCCCACCACCACCGUAGCCAACUUCAAGGAGAAGCUGCGCGCCGCUCAGGGCAAGUGCUGGGUCGACGUCGGCUUCUACGGCGGCAUCAUCCCCGGCAAUGCGGGCGAAUUGAAAGCCUUGGUGCAGGAGGGUGUCCGCGGCUUCAAGGGCUUCCUGAUCGAUAGUGGGGUGGAUGAGUUCCCCGCCGUCUCGUCGGAAGACAUCCGCAAGGCCAUGGCUGAACUGGCCGAUGAGCCCACCACCCUCAUGUUCCACGCGGAAAUGGUCCCGCCCACCACCGUGUCCGAAGAGAAGGAUCUCGCCCUGGGAGGUCCCGAGGAAGCUUAUUCCACUUUCCUCGCGUCUCGUCCCUCGUCCUAUGAGACCUGUGCCGUGGAAGAGAUCCUCUCCCUGUCCCAUAUCGCCCCCAAUCUCCCCUUGCACAUUGUCCACCUCUCCGCCAUGGAGGCCAUCCCUCUCCUGCGUAAAGCCCGUGCGGAAGGAAUCCCCAUCACCGCAGAGACCUGCUUCCACUACCUCUCGCUAGCGGCCGAGGAGAUCCGCGACGGAGACACCCGCCACAAAUGCUGCCCUCCGAUCCGCUCGCAGCUGAACCAGGACGCCCUCUGGGACGAACUCGAACGCCACGCCACUGACGGCGUGAUCAAGACAAUCGUCUCCGACCACUCGCCCUGCACCCCCAAUCUCAAGCUCCUACCCUCCCACGUCCCCGGCCACUGCACACCAGACAGCGAUAGCCCUGUCUCCAACGAAGGAAGCUUCUUGUCCGCCUGGGGCGGCAUCUCCUCCGUCGGCCUGGGGCUCCCGAUCCUCUGGACCGAGAUCAGUCGGCGCAAGGCGCUGAAGUCCGGCGACGAAACCGCCACCAAGCAGGCCCUGCAGGACAUCGUGCGGCUCUGCUGCACCAAUACCGCCGCGCAGGUCGGUCUGCAGCACCAAAAGGGCGACCUGGUCCCCGGCCACGAUGCCGAUAUCUGUGUUUUCGAUGACGCCGCCGAGUGGGUCGUCGAGCCCAGCACCAUGCUCUUCCGCAACAAGUGCUCGCCCUACCAGGGCCGCAAGCUUCGUGGCCUCGUCCGCGAGACCUGGCUCCGUGGCGAGAAGGUCUUCAGUCAUGACGCUGGGUUUAGUAGCAAGACGCCCUCUGGUGGAUUGCUUCUUCAGAGCCGCGCUUGAUUUAUUCCAUCUCUGUUUCCAUUUCCAUUUCCCUGUCCCUGUUUGCUCCCUUCUCAGUUGGCUCUCGGAUCAAACAAGCAUGAAUGACCAACCGGGUGGUUCCUUAUCAGAGGGUGAAAUCUGACUCUUCAACAACGGUUCAACUAGGGCUUUUUUUCGCCCCCUCCAAGCAUAAGCAUUCUCGUUUCAGACACCUCGGCUUGAUACCUGCUUACCUGCUUACUUGCUUACUUGCUUACCUGCUUUUGACGACCCACUACUAAUGACUUUCUUCCCUUCACAUCACAUCACAUCACAUCCCACGGCAUAUAAACCCCCUCAUCCAUCAGCGUCUUACCUUUCCAUAUUUAGAUAGAUCAGCAUUCGUCGAGCGAUGGGUAAUAGUUUUUUACCUUGCUUUUAUUUCAUAUUUCUAUGCAUUUAGUUAUAAAUACACUAUAUUUUACUACGCU